AAUAGACAUAGAGCUCGAAACCAGUAAACAAAAACUCUAUCCUGAGUUGAUGAUGAAUCUACUGAAUGGAGCUCUCGGUCGACAGAAUGGAAAGAACUGUUCGAACAGCGACGCUGUAUUUAUUGUCAACGAAGUCAGAAACGGGAGUUCGUCGUGCUUGACCACGGUGGACCUGCCACGAGGUGCUGGUCAGGCUGCUGCAGUGAUAGACUUCCUAAAACAGACCGACUGGAUCCUGAUGGUUUCAGACACUCUCAUCCUCCGGGCCAACUUCUACCACCCUGACGUGAAGCUGUUCAGUAGCGUGGUGUUCAGGCUGCAGUACCUCCCAGGGGGCGCUGCUGAACUCCAGCCCAGUAUCCAGACCUUCCGGCUGUUCCAGUACCAGACAGCAGACGACUAUGUCCAGCUGCUUUUCCACAUCUUAUUUGUCCUUUUCUACAUCUACAACGUCCUCAAUGAGAUUUGGAACAUACGGAAGAGCGGUCGUGCGUACUUCACCAGUUUCUGGAACGUCUUGAUCCUGUGCAACAUUGGCUUGUCGACAGCCACCAUUGUGACCUUCGCACUUCGGUACAUCCAGGCAGCUGCUGCACUGCGUGAUAUACAACAAGCAAAAGGGGUGUUCGGCAUCAAUGAGUUCGUAGACAUCAGUACCGCUGGCCAAUGGGACGCUACCUUCAAGGAGGUCGUGUCCUUCUCCAUCUUCAUCAGUACCUUCUGCAUCCUGCGGGUUCUGAACUUCUCCAGGGGCGUGGCUACCGUCUACGCUCUGCCUCGCCUGAUAUACGGCGAAGCCUUCGGGUUUGCUGUGUACAUGCUGGUUAUCAUAGUGGCCUACGGCAUCAGCGGGAAUUUGAUCUUCGGCAAAAACAUGGAGACCUUCUCCGGCUUUAAGAAAACGUCGUACGUGCUGUUUGAGAUGGGCUUGGGGAGGCCGUUCGUCGGAGUCUUUGCGGACGAUAUGAAGGCAGUGGAUCGUGUCAUGGGACCUCUGUAUUACUCUACAUUCGUCAUGGUCUUCGUCUUUUACCUGAUGAAUCUGGGAGUGGGGAUGCUCUGUAACUGGCUGAGCUACUGUCAGACGUCAGACGACAUCGGCGUGGACACGGCGAUGGGAGAUUACUUCUGGAACUCCUUCAGGAGUCUUCUGGGCAUGCGUCAUGAACCCCAGGACUUUGACGAUGAAGCACCACUUCCGGAUCACUUCAUUGAAGAGACCCUCCAGCGGACCGAUACAUUACUGCAGGAAGUGGACAGGCUGACUGAGGUGAUGUACAAGUUUGAGUGCAAGAAGCGUAAACUGAUUCAAGUUCAACCAAGUACUUCGCAAGCUUAACGUGCGACAAACCAUCAAACGGGUACAAGCUGGACAUGACUGAAGUAGUUUACGAAAACAUGAUACAUGAUUUUAUCAAGUAAGAUUUCUAGUGGAAUGAUCAACGAUCUACAUUUUAGCUAUGGCAUUUCAAGAGGUGUAAAAUGAAGAUACGGAGAAAAGAACUCCAACUCCAAUUAACCAACAGACAUGAGACUGCUUACAGAUAUGCCCUAUGUUGCAGAUACUGUCAUUCUCGUAUAGGACCGUUCAGCCAUAGCAGAAGCUGUAGGGCUGAUGUCAAUGACGAUUUUACCAUGGCCAUUACUGACCAACAUAAGGGGCAGAUAAAAAAUGUAAAUAAUAAUUGCAAUAAACUAUACACGUAAUAUAAUUACCUUUAUCAAAAUAAGUUGCUAGAAUAGCUUAUCAAUUCUCUAUUAUCAAGAAUACAUAGCAAUAAGAAAACAACUGUGUAUCAUAUCAGUUUGUAUUCUUAUACGGCCCAACAAGACUGCUCACUGUUCUCAUCAAUAUUUAUUGGAAUAUUGGAAUCAAUAUUUUUGAUGCUUUGCUUGUACGUAGUUCAAGUCUAAGUUAUUCUUAGGCCUUUUAUAUAUUCUUUAUCUCCAUUCUUAAUUUUCUGUCUGCAAUUAAGAUGUGAUCAUGCUAUCAUCAUUUAGUGUAAAUAUUGUAAUUUUGAAGCUAAACGAUAUUGGCAUCGUAUCUUGUUGAGCCUUCUUUCUGCGAGUGGAUGACAACAAUGUUGAAAACGCAAGCUGCAUGUUGCAAUGAUAAAGAUGUUACGAUGGUUCACCUUUAUCCGCGGGGUAACCUAUGUCCGUCGUUUUUAAAAUCAAUAUAUUUAGGGAUAUAAAU